AUGGUAGAAGAAAAUGAAAAAUUCAAAUUUAAGUAUGAUUGGUUUAGUUAUAACAUUCCUAAUUGGGAAACCCAUUUACACCACCUUAAAAAUGAAAAAAUCAAUGUUCUCGAAAUUGGAUCUUUCGAAGGAAGAUCAACACAAAUGCUAAAUGAAAAUAUCAAAAUGACUGGCAAAGAAAGACAAAUUGAGGUUAUGAAGAGUAUAUCUUUGAAUGCACUUACUAAAUUAAACCAUGAAUCAAAGAUUAAAUUUGAUUUUAUUUACAUUGAUGGUAGUCAUGUUGCUUCUAAUGUAUUGGCGGAUGCUACAUUAGCUUGGAAUCUCUUAAAGGAUGGUGGAAUUAUGAUUUUUGAUGAUUAUGAAUGGGGUCGAUAUAAAGAAGAAUAUAAUAAUCCAAAAAUAGCAAUUGAUGCAUUUAUUAAAUGUUAUAAUCCAGAAAUAGAAAUAAUUCAUAAAGGCUACCAAAUAAGUGAAAUAGAUGAUUUUCCGGGACACAUGAGGCAAAUAAUUAUGAAGUUUUUUGGAAUAAAUGAUUAUAAAAUUUUAUUAUAA